AUAUGCAUAUACGUGUAAAAUGUAGAUAGCUGUUUCUCGAGGUUAGAUGCUGUACUUCAGCCUACGUUAUGAAUGUUUAUCUAUUACAAUUUCAAUACCAGUAAGACAUUACUCUUAAGGUCUCGCGUGCGGUGUGAUGUUGACAUUAUUGUUUCUUGUUAUGGCGCUUCAAAUUCCAGAGCUUAACGCUCGAGACACAGACAUAACUUGUGAUCCAGAUGUCCCUUUCAGACCUCAGCCUGUAGUCCAUGUCCACGCAAUAGCCAUGCCCCAAAGCGACAUUCACAUGACUAUCUGCAAUGAGGGUGAGUACCUUGACUGGUACAAGUGCUCACCCUGUGAAGAAGGAACAUUCAGAACAAAACAGAUGGCCGCACUAGAUAGAUACUCUUGGUGUCAGAAGUGUCAGGAGCCAGGCAUGUACGAAAUAGUCAAAGAGCCAUGCACCAAGUCAAGAGACGCCAAAAUCAUGUGUGAGGAUGGAUUUUACCGGCUCGAAGUUCCCGAAAUGCCGUGCAAAUCUGAAUGCGUCAGAUGUGACAUCUGUGGUGUUGGAAUAAAUAUGUUUAGAAACUUCGAGGCACGUGAAUGUGGCGGCUAUACGAAUACCGUCUGCUGCGAACAUGAGGAUAUGGUUGUGAAAGAUGGACAGUGCGUCGCCAUAACAACAUCAACAAGGGAAAAGACAACAAUAACAACAAUAACAUCCUCCGUGACACACCAUAAGGAGGGCUUCCAAGCAGGUUUUGUUGGCCAGUCUGCAAUUCACAGGAUAUCAAACUGUUUGUGGAUUAUCUGUCUAGUCACCUUUGUACAGUGUAUAAAGAACUUUGGAAUUUAUUUUCAAGGGCGAAUAACUCUGUUUCCUGUACAUGAUGUACUGAAAGGAAGUGCUGAAUAGUUUUGUAUUUUAAAAAGUACAUGGCUACUACAGGGUAAAUUUUUUUGCACUUUUUUAGUGCUGAUCCACAACUGAUCUAUUUUUGUUAGAACUUAAAUACCUCUAGUCCAGUGUGACACAAUGAAAACUGAAAGGCUGUUACAAUUUUUGGUCAGCAUUUCAGGUGAUAGUUUGAUUAUGUAUAAUAUAUAUGAUGCACGUGUAUCGAUUGAAUCGAAGAUAUCGAUAGCUGAACGAUUGAUUUUAUUCACUUUUACGCCUGUAACAUUGUAUUGUGUAUAUACGACUUUUUUUUAUUUAUUUAUUUGUGUUUAUUUUGUAAUAAAAUGAGUACUUUUCUUUC